AAAUGUGCUUUGGCAAGAAGAAACACAUUAGAGAGGGGGAGAGACCCAAAUAGCCAAAACCUAAUCCAUUGUAACUGAAAUAACCACCAAAUGUCCUCUUACACUGUACAACCCCUCUCUCCAAUCUUUCUCACCUUCAAUCCACAGUCCCACUCUCCUCUUCAAACCCACCAGCAAUCCACAAAACUACUUCAGAAGAACUGUCUUCAAACCCUAGGUUCCACUUCUCCUCCAAAACCCAUUAACCAGUCCCUCUCUCAGGCCUCAUGGCUCGAGUCCCUUCGCUUUUGCUCCCGCUCCAAUUUAUACCAGGAAGCUGUUUCCACGUACAUUGAAAUGAUUCUUUCGGGUGUGUCACCUGACAACUCUGCCUUCCCGGCUGUUUUGAAGGCCGUGACAGGUCUUCAGGAUUUGAGUUUUGGAAAACAGGUGCAUGCCCAUGUUAUCAAAUAUGGGUAUGAAUCAUCUUCUGUGACUAUAGCUAAUACUCUUGUAAAUUUCUAUGGUAAGUGCGGAGAAUUGGACGAUGUGUAUAAGGUGUUUGAUAGAAUUACUGAAAGGGACCUAGUUUCUUGGAAUUCACUAAUUUCUGCAUUUUGUCGGUCUGAAGAGUGGGACUGUGCACUCGAGGCAUUUAGAUUAAUGUGGUCUGAGAAUCUGGAGCCGAGUUCAUUUACUUUGGUAAGCCUGGCUCUCGCUUGCUCUAAGUUGCACAAGCAUGAGGGCUUGCGGCUUGGGAAGCAAGUUCAUGCAUAUAGUUUUAGGAAAUGUCAUUCGACAACCUUUACCAACAAUUCUUUGAUGACUAUGUAUGCAAAUCUAGGAAGAUUAAAUGAUGCAAAAAUUUUGUUUGACUUGUUUGAGGAUCGUAAUUUAGUUUCUUGGAACACCAUCAUAAGUUCUUUUUCUCAAAAUGAUAGAUUUAUGGAAGCACUUGUUUUCUUGAGGCUAAUGGUUCUUGAAGGAGUUAAACCUGAUGGGUUCACGCUUGCAAGUGUCCUUCCUGCUUGCUCCAACUUGGAGAUGUUUGUUACUGGGAAGGAAAUUCAUGCUUAUGCCUUGAGAAAUGGCAAUUUGAUUGAGAAUUCUUACGUGGGUAGUGCUUUAGUUGACAUGUAUUGCAACUGUGGACAUGUCGAAAGUGGGCGACAAGUGUUUGAUGGUAUCUUGGAGAGAAACAUUGGGCUAUGGAAUGCUAUGAUUGCUGGUUAUGCACAAAAUGAACAUGAUGAGAAGGCAGUGAUGCUUUUCCUGGAAAUGGAACCUGUUGCUGGACUUUUUCCCAAUGCAACCACAAUGGCAAGUGUUGUGCCUGCUUGUGUACGCUGUGAAGCAUUUUCUAAUAAAGAAAGCAUACACGGGUUUGUGAUAAAGAGAGGCUUGGAAAGAAAUAGAUAUGUGCAAAAUGCACUUGUGGAUAUGUACUCCAGGAUGGGGAACAUGGAGAUUUCAAAAACCAUAUUUAAGAACAUGGAUUUUAGAGAUAUAGUUUCUUGGAACACAAUGAUUACUGGUUAUGUUAUUUCUGGAAGCUUUGAUGAUGCUCUUCAGUUGCUACAUGAGAUGCAAUAUGCAGAUGAAGGAAACAACAAACAUAAUGAUAAUAAACAAGUCCGUUUAAAAGCUAAUUCAAUAACCCUUAUGACUGUCCUUCCUGGUUGUGCUUCCCUAGCAGCAUUGGCAAAGGGAAAAGAGAUCCAUGCUUAUUCCAUGAGAAAUUCAUUGGCAUCAGAAGUCACUGUAGGAAGUGCAUUAGUUGACAUGUAUGCAAAAUGUGGCUGCUUAAACUUAUCUAGGAGAGUGUUCGAUCGAAUGCCUAUUAGAAAUAUUAUUACCUGGAAUGUAAUUAUCAUGGCUUAUGGGAUGCAUGGAAAUGGGAAGAAGGCCUUAGAACUGUUCAAAGAUAUGGUCAAUAGUGGGGAAGUAAAGCCUACUGAUGUCACUUUCAUAGCAAUUUUGGCUGCUUGCAGCCACUCAGGGAUGGUUGAAGAGGGCCUGCACCUUUUCCAUAAAAUGAAAGAUGACCAUAGUAUUGAUCCUGGUCCAGAUCACUAUGCUUGUGUUGUGGAUUUACUUGGUAGAGCAGGCAAAGUGGAGCAAGCAUAUGAACUCAUCAAUGUCAUGCCUUCUGGUUUUGACAAGGUAGGGGCCUGGAGCAGCUUGCUUGGAUCAUGUCGGAUCCACCAAAAUAUAAAAAUAGGAGAAACUGUUGCUCAAAACCUCCUACAAUUGCAGCCAAAUGUGGCCAGCCACUAUGUUUUGCUGUCUAAUAUGUACUCAUCUGUUGGACUUUGGGACAAGGCAAUGAAUGUCAGAAGGAAGAUGAAGGAAAUGGGUCUAAAGAAAGAACCCGGCUGUAGUUGGAUUGAGUAUGGUGAUGAGACGCAUAAAUUUUUAGCUGGGGAUUUAUCACAUCCACAGAGUGAGAAACUCCAUGAUUAUCUAGAGACACUGUCAGAAAAGAUGAAAAAAGAAGGGUAUGUGCCUGAUACUUCUUGUGUACUUCACAAUGUUGAUGAGGAGGAGAAAGAAACUCUACUUUGUGGACACAGUGAAAAAUUGGCAAUAGCUUUCGGCAUACUAAACACUCCCCCUGGAACUACUAUUAGAGUUGCCAAGAAUCUUAGGGUGUGUAAUGACUGUCAUGCUGCGACUAAGUUCAUCUCCAAGAUGGUGGAUAGGGAGAUUAUCCUUAGAGAUGUAAGGAGGUUCCAUCACUUCAGGAAUGGCACCUGUUCAUGUGGGGAUUAUUGGUGAAAAUCACCUUUUUUUUUUUCUUUCCAGGAAUCAACAUUUUACUUGAUAUUCAUCGUGCAAGUAAAAUUUAUUGUACAUCUACAACUUUAGGUAGGUCUAUGCGAUAUUAUACAACAAAAAAAAAAUUAGUGUUC